CAAUCGUCCCAUCCCGUCAUUUCUGUUUUGGUAAUUUUUUUAACAAGACCCGGAGAUAUUGAGCGUUUAAGACCACAAGCAAAAGCAACUCUUUCCAUCACAGACGUCAAUGGUAUAUCUGUAUCAUCUUAAUACAACCCGAAUUCGUCCGUGGAAAAUGGAUUCAAAUUUGAUUCCAUUUUCGGCCCCGUUUCCACUGAUACACACCGUUCCGAACAAUUCCUACAAUGCCCAUUUUCGUCUCACUUCUAUCUCUGCGUCGAGAAUGAGCUCUCAGAGGGGGCGAAGGCAAUUCAGUCUCGACCCGGUAAGCGGUAGUGGGACCCGAAGCGAGGCCGCUUUCGACGAGGCAGCUUUCGAGGCCGAGAGGCUUAGGCUUGACGCCAAGGCUCGGGAAACAAUGGCCGAGACUUCGAAGAGAGAGAAUGAAGAUGACCCGAAAGCUUGGAAAUGGGUGAUCCGAAAGAGGAUUUGGGAUUUGAUGGAGGCCCGGAACGUUGCCCAGAACCCCCGACCCGUUCACCACCGGAUCCCCAAUUUCUUGGGCGCUUCAACAGCUGCCCAAAAAUUGGGCGAGUUGGAGGAGUUCCAGAUUUCCAAUUGUGUGAAGGUUAACCCGGAUUCGCCCCAGAAACAAGUCAGGUUUCUCACACUUUCUGGUAGUAAAAUGUUGUUAACUCCUCAGCCGCGGCUAAGGACAGGAUUUUUCUCUGUAGUUGAGUCCCAUAUGUUACCUCCUACUCCUAGAGCCAUCAAUGAGGCCUGCACCUCUGUUGGGGUUGCCAAGCAUGGCCGGCCAAUUGGGCUUGAUGAAAAGAUAAAGGUUGAUCUGAUUGUGAUUGGCUCAGUUGCUGUUGACCCAAGAACGGGUGCUCGACUUGGCAAGGGUGAGGGAUUUGCUGAACUUGAAUAUGGGAUGCUGCGAUACAUGGGAGCCAUUGAUGACUCAACUCCAGUUGUCACAUCUGUUCACGAUUGUCAACUUGUAGAUGAUAUUCCAGUGGAGAAACUGUUGAUCCACGAUGUUCCUGUGGAUAUCAUAUGUACUCCCACUCAGGUCAUUUAUACCAACACAAGCAUUCCAAAGCCUCAAGGGAUUUACUGGGACAAGUUGUCACCUGAGAAGCUUGGACAAAUUCGAAUAGUCAGAGAGCUAAAGCGCAGAAUUGAACAAGAGACUGGACAGAAACUUCCCACUGGUCCAUCUGAGAAACUGCCCCCCACUGCUCAACGGAAGCGCUAACUCAAUUUACAUCUAACUCGAGGAACAGAAGAAGAGCUUUAAAGGAAAGAAUUUAGAGUCCAAUUAAACACGACUCAGUGCCCUGUUGGCUCAUGUUUUUGCUGUUUCAGAGCUAUAAGUGAGUCAUCACUUCUAGGAACAUAAAAAUUGAACAGGCCACCCAUACAAGUUUCUGCACAUUUUAGCACCUUCAUACUAUUGAGUCUAGAGGAGUAUUAUCACCAACAGAAGGAAUCGUUCUUCCUAAAGGAUAAGUCACCUGUAAUACCUAAUGAUCUCUGCAUUACAGGAGAAAGAACUCUUUAAGCGAACAUUUUUUUUAUUGACACCGGGUGUCCUGGAACAACGUCGUGACUGAUCUCGAGGGUGCACAAGUCUUUGGCAAGAAGCUUUCUGCAAAUACACCUCGGGUAAGCAAACAUGUUCAAAGCAAAAGUUUCUGUAAUACAUGGUAACUUUCAAAAGAACAUCCUGAUGGUGUCAACUUGUCGCAUUGUCUCAGGUACGUAAGAAAUAUGUUGCAAAAUACAAGACAAGCAUAUCACCACCA